AUGUGGCAUCUGAAUGAGUUUGAGGCUAAGUAUGAAUCAGGCAGGGAUGAGCUUCUAGAAAUCCUCUCUAAGAAAUACAGUUCCCCUGUUCCAGAUCUGAGUCUCACUCAGCUGACAGCAGACCAGCAGCGGGAGAUCCUGUCAGUCCUGGACAAACUUCUGUUUGAUGAAUGGAUCAGUGCUCCCCCGUCCCUCAGCACUCUGCAGCACACUCAGGUGUUCAUCACAGAGCUGUGUGCCCUGUCUCUGGAGAUCCCCGAGGGAGUUCCCCUACAAAGCAUCUCCAAUCAGGUGCAGUCCCUGGUGGACUCCAUCAGCCAAUCAGCACGCAAUGCUGCUGAGAGUCUCCUGCUGACUCAAGCCCUGUACCUGAACCUGAUGCACUUUUUCACUGACUGUAGCAGCUCUGAUACUGACGCAGUCCUCAUAGCCAAACAGUGGGCUGGAGAUAAGCUUUCCACUGAGAACCUCUGUCUUAUAGAAUUCCUGAGCACCCUCGCAUCAUCACUGCAGAAUGUAGUGGGAGGAGCCUCUGUGUUCAUUUUAAAGAUGGAAAUCCAGUGCUUGAAGCUUCUCUUAUCCACACUCACACACCUAACCGGCAAAGAAACCCACUCAGAAUCCACUGAGAUGCUCCUCAGACUUGUGCAAAGAAACCAAUGGACCCCAACGGAGGCAGUGACUCUGCUCAAAGCACUGUCACAGAAAUAUGCAGAGGAUGUUUCAAUAACUGAAGUCCUUAAGCUGGUGCAAGCUUAUGACAUAUCACCAGAGUGGACGGAUGAGUCCGGACACACUCUCGUCCAGGCUCUGGACUUUGCUGGCCCUGAGAGAUUCCAUCAGGAUCUCCAAAAGACUCUCAGAAGGAACGAUGAGAGCAGUCUACCUGCAGCUCUAGCAGAAGUGAAGAUGUUAUGGAAUUUGGAUGAUUCUGUGGUUGAUAUGAUAAAAAACAUUACCACUUGCGUCCUGCAGUACGCAGAAAAUGCACCUAAAGAUGCACCAUUUGUGAAAGAUUCCUUCACAUGUGAUCCCUUGAAUGCAGACGACCUACAGAAGUCUCUGUCUCUGCUCUGCAAAGCAGUUUUUGACACCAAAGGCUGGUGGCCCACAGUGAGGCAGAUGCUGCGGUGGUGUGCGUUGGUGCUGACUCAGAAGAGUGGAGAGCUACAACUGGUUGGUGUGGAAGAAGACCCAUGUGUCACAGCCAUGUUUGCAGCCACACAAGUCUGCAUGGGAAACAAACUGGACAUUGUGCUGAGCGCUGAUGUUCCCUCAGAGGAGCGAACUCAGGAGUGGUCUGACUUCUACAAGCACCUGGGAAUCUCUCUCAACACAAACAUGAAGAAAACAAAUGCAUCUUAA